AUGAGAAAUCACACAUGGGUGACUGAAUUCAUCUUGCUGGGAAUCCCUGAGACACAGGGCCUCGAGGGGCCGCUUUUGUGCUUGUUCUCGGCAUUAUACCUGUGUACCCUCCUGGGAAACGUGCUCAUCCUUACUGCUAUCAUCUCCUCGCCGAGGCUGCACACCCCUAUGUAUUUUUUCUUGGGAAACCUCUCCAUCUUUGACCUGGGAUUCUCUUCAACAACUGCUCCCAAGAUGCUGUGCUACCUCUCAGGGCAGACUCAGGACAUCUCCUUCCAGGGCUGUGUGGCUCAGCUCUUCUUCUACCAUUUCCUGGGCUGCACAGAGUGUUUCCUGUACACGGUGAUGGCCUGCGACCGCUUUGUUGCCAUUUGCUUUCCUUUGCGAUACACGGUCAUCAUGAACCACAGAGUGUGCUCUGCCUUGGCCACAGGGACCUGGCUGGGUGGCUGUGUCCAUGCCACGAUCCUCACCUCCCUCACCUUUCAGUUACCCUACUGUGGCCCUAACCAGGUGGGCUAUUACUUCUGUGAUAUUCCUGCAGUGUUACCUCUAGCCUGUGCAGACACCUCUCGAGCCCAGAGGGUAGGCUUUACCAACGUUGGCCUUUUGUCUCUAGUCUGUUUUUCUCUCAUCCUUGCCUCCUACACUCGCAUUGGGAUCUCCAUAUCAAAAAUCCGUUCCAAAGAGGGCAAGCAACGAGCAUUCUCCACCUGCAGUGCCCAUCUUGUUGCAAUUCUGUGUGUUUAUGGGCCAAUCAUCAUCAUCUAUCUACAGCGGAACCCCAGCCCCUUGCUUGGUGCCAUAAUUCAGAUCCUGAAUAACCUUGUCACACCAACGCUGAACCCACUUAUCUACAGUCUAAGGAAUAAAGAUGUAAAAUCAGCCCUGAAGAAUGUGUUCCCCGAGAGAUGCUUCCCCCUGGAAAACAAAUGA